AUGCCCGUUCCACGCGAGGAUUUCAUCUCCAACGUCUGGAGAGAUGGCAUUUUUACCAACAAAGUCCUCUUCUGCACCGGUGGAGCAGGUACCAUCUGCUCCAUCCAAGUACGAGCAUUUGUUGCGUUGGGUGGAAACGCGUACAUCAUCGGCCGCAACGAAGAAAAGACCCAGAAAAUGGCCAAGGACCUCAUGACCGCGCGACCCGGCUCAAAAGUCAUUGGCCAAGGAGGCGUAGACGUACGGGAUCCAGAGAAGUUAAAGGCAUCAGCAGACAAGUGCGCAAAGGAACUCGGGGGAAUCGAUUUUGCCAUUGCUGGUGCUGCCGGAAACUUUCUGGCGCCCAUCAGUCAACUCUCUGCCAAUGCAUUCAGGACAGUCCUCGAGAUUGAUACUCUGGGAUCGUAUAACACAGUCAAGGCUGUGAUGCCCCAUCUUGUCGAGAGCGCGAAGAAGAACCCAAACACUGGCAGGCAACAGGCAGCAGGGACCGGAGGGAGGAUCAUCUUUGUCUCUGCCUCUUUCCACUACACGGGAUCUCCUCUGCAGGCCCACGCUGCGGCCGCCAAAGCUGGCGUAGACCAAAUCGCACAUGCCGUUGCUAUCGAGUAUGGACCAUUGGGCGUGACAAGCAAUGUCAUAACACCGGGACCCAUAGCCCACACAGAAGGCAUGGAAAGGCUGUCAAAGCAAGACCCUGAAAGUGCCAAAGCGAGUGCUCGUGCCAUUCCAAUUGGUAGAUGGGGUGAAGUAAAGGAGAUUGCGGAUGCCACCGUGUAUCUGUUUUCUGAUGCCGGCAACUACGUAAACGGCAACACUUUGGUUGUGGAUGGAGGUCAGUGGAGAGUGUCAGGGGCCAGCCACGGUGGGUCAUGGCAGUAUCCCGACUUCCUCAUCUCAGGCGCUGCCGUUGAAGGUGUGAAGAGAGGUAGUGGGAAGUCGAAGAUGUAA